CGACGGCGACGUCGGGAAGAAGGUGUCGUUCACGGGGCUGUUCCGGUACGCCGACGGCACGGACCUGCUGCUGAUGGCCGUGGGCACGGUGGCGGCGCUGGCAAACGGCGUGUCGCAGCCGCUCAUGACCGUCAUCUUCGGCCAGGUCAUCAACGCCUUCGGCGGCGCCACCGCCGACAACGUCCUCCACCCCGUCAUCCAGGCGGUUCUCAACUUUGUCUACCUGGGCAUUGGAACAGCGGUUGCUUCUUUUCUUCAGGUGGCGUGCUGGACAAUGACUGGAGAACGGCAGGCGACACGCAUUCGAUCUCUAUACCUCAAAUCGGUACUGAAACAGGACAUAGCGUUCUUCGAUGUGGAAAUGACGACUGGACAGAUAGUUUCAAGAAUGUCCGGUGACACCGUGCUAGUUCAGGAUGCUAUUGGUGAGAAGGUUGGCAAGUUUCUACAACUUGUGGCUACCUUCGUUGGUGGCUUCGUUGUAGCAUUUGUGAAAGGUUGGCUUCUAUCCCUUGUAAUGUUGGCAUGCAUCCCUCCUGUUGUCGUUGCUGGUGGAGCUGUAUCUAAGAUGCUAGCAAAAAUCUCUAGCAAGGGGCAAGCAUCUUAUAGCGAUGCAGCAAAUGUUGUUGAACAGACACUCGGAGCCAUAAAAACUGUUGUUUCCUUCAACGGUGAAAAGCAGGCCAUUGCGUCGUACAAUAAACUCAUAAACAAAGCUUACAAGGCAGCUGUUGAGGAAGGGCUUACGAAUGGUUUUGGAAUGGGCUCUGUUUUCUUCAUAUUUUUCUCUAGCUAUGGUUUAGCUAUAUGGUAUGGUGGCAAGUUGGUAAUUAGCAAAGGAUACUCAGGAGGAGACAUCAUUAAUAUCUUGUUUGCUGUCAUGACUGGGGCAAUGUCCUUAGGGAACGCAACCCCAUGUAUGGCAGCCUUCGCAGAAGGACAAUCUGCAGCUUAUAGACUGUUCAAAACAAUCAAGAGAAAACCACAUAUUGAUCCUGACGAUAUAACUGGGAAACAGUUGGAGGACAUCAGGGGGGAUGUGGAAUUGAAGGACGUGUACUUCAGCUACCCAGCGAGGCCUGAGCAACUGAUAUUUGAUGGAUUUUCAUUGCAUGUUUCUAGUGGCACUACAAUGGCCAUAGUUGGGGAGAGUGGAAGUGGAAAAUCCACUGUGAUUAGUCUUGUAGAGAGGUUCUAUGAUCCACAGGCUGGAGAGGUUUUGAUUGAUGGGAUUAAUAUCAAGAGUUUGAGGCUUAGUUGGAUAAGAGGAAAGAUUGGCCUUGUCAGCCAAGAACCAUUGCUUUUUAUGACCUCCAUUAAAGAUAAUAUAACAUAUGGCAAAGAGGAUGCAACAAUUGAAGAGAUUAGGAGAGCAGCUGAGCUUGCUAAUGCAGCAAAUUUUAUUGAUAAGUUACCUGAUGGCUAUGAUACAAUGGUUGGCCAACGUGGUGCACAGCUCUCAGGGGGACAAAAGCAAAGAAUUGCUAUUGCUAGAGCAAUACUUAAAGACCCAAAAAUCCUUCUGUUAGAUGAGGCUACUAGCGCAUUGGAUGUGGAAUCAGAGAGGAUAGUUCAAGAGGCACUGAACAGGAUCAUGGUGGACAGAACCACACUUGUGGUUGCUCAUCGCUUGACCACAGUGAGGAAUGCUGAUUGUAUAUCAGUUGUCCAACAAGGAAAGAUAGUUGAACAAGGUCCCCAUGAUGAAUUGGUGAUGAACACCGAUGGUGCUUAUUCGCAACUUAUUCGGCUACAAGAAAACCGUGAAGAAGAAGAGCAGAAAUUGGACCGACAUGUAUCUGAUUCAAGGUCUAAAAGUAGAAGCUUGUCAUUGAAGCGAUCGAUUAGCAGGGAUUCUGCAGGGAAUAGUAGCAGGCACUCUCUAGCCCUUCCCUUUGGCCUUCCUGGCUCAGUUGAACUGCUUGAAGGCAAUGAUUCGAAUGUUGGGGAACAGACAGAGCAUGGUGGUGAUGGUGAGGUCCAAAAGAAAUCUCCAGUUGGACGGCUAGCUGGUCUAAACAAGCCAGAGGUACCGAUUCUUCUGUUAGCAUCACUGGCUGCAGCAGUUCAUGGAGUGCUUUUCCCAAUGUUUGGAGUAAUGAUUUCCAAUGCCAUCAAAACUUUCUUUGAGCCAGCGGACAAACUAAAAAAGGAUUCUAGCUUUUGGGGUUUGAUGUGUGUUGUCCUGGGUAUCCUGUCGAUAAUAUCAAUACCAGUGGAGUACUUUAUGUUUGGAAUAGCUGGAGGUAAACUUGUCGAGCGUGUCCGUGCCUUGUCUUUCCAGAGUAUUAUUCACCAAGAAGUUGCUUGGUUUGAUGAUCCUAAAAAUUCCAGUGGAGCGCUUGGUGCAAGAUUAUCAGUUGAUGCUUUGAAUGUCCGACGUUUAGUUGGAGACAACCUCGCAUUGGCAGUCCAGGUCGUCUCAACACUUAUCACAGGAAUUGUCAUAGCACUGAUAGCGGACUGGAAGCUCACUUUGAUCAUCCUUUGUGUGAUUCCACUUGUGGGUCUCCAAGGUUAUGCUCAAGUUAAGUUCUUGAAGGGGUUUAGUGAAGACGCCAAGAUGUUGUAUGAAGAUGCAAGUCAAGUGGCUACUGAUGCAGUAAGCAGCAUCAGGACUGUAGCUUCUUUUUGUUCUGAGAAAAGAGUGAUGAGAAUGUAUGAUAAUAAAUGUGAAGCUUCAAAGAAUCAAGGGGUCAGAACAGGAAUGGUUGGAGGCCUUGGUUUUGGUUUCUCAUUCUUGAUGUUGUACCUAACAUACGGUCUCUGUUUCUAUGUCGGAGCACAAUUUGUACGCCACAAUAAAACUACUUUCGGUGACGUUUUCAAGGUUUUCUUUGCACUUGUGUUGGCAACUAUUGGAAUAUCUCAAACAAGUGCAAUGGCUUCUGAUUCCACAAAGGCCAGGGAUUCAGCUCUCUCAAUAUUUGCUUUGCUAGACCGGAAGUCACAAAUUGACUCGAACAGUGAUGAGGGUAGCACAUUGAAUGAGGUCAAGGGCAACAUUGAUUUCCGACAUGUCAGCUUCAAGUACCCAACCCGCCCAGAUGUUCAGAUUUUCAGUGAUUUUACCCUGCACAUUCCCUCUGGCAAGACCGUUGCACUUGUUGGAGAGAGUGGUAGUGGAAAGUCAACAGCCAUUGCUUUGCUAGAGCGAUUCUACAAUCCUGAGUCAGGUACCAUCUCAUUGGAUGGAGUAGACAUCAAGACCUUAAAGGUCAAUUGGUUGAGGGAUCAGAUGGGACUAGUAGGCCAAGAGCCUGUGCUCUUUAAUGAAACAAUCCGUGCCAACAUAUCCUACGGGAAGCAUGGGGAUGUCACUGAGGAGGAGCUCGUCAAAGCUGCAAAGGCAUCCAAUGCACAUGAGUUCAUAUCAAGCCUUCCCCAAGGAUAUGACACCACCGUUGGGGAGAGGGGAGUGCAGCUAUCUGGUGGCCAAAAGCAGCGGGUGGCUAUUGCGAGGGCCAUAUUGAAAGAUCCUAAGAUACUGCUUCUGGAUGAAGCAACAAGUGCCUUGGAUGCCGAAUCUGAGCGCAUUGUGCAGGAUGCCUUAGAUAAUGUGAUGGUUGGCAGGACUACUGUUAUUGUGGCGCACCGCCUCUCGACAAUCAAAGGUGCUGAUAUUAUUGCAGUUCUAAAGGAUGGUGCAAUAGCGGAGAAAGGAAGGCAUGAGGCAUUGAUGAACAUCAAAGAUGGUGUCUAUGCUUCACUUGUCGAACUCCGCUCGGGCUCAUCAUAAUUCAUAAUGUCAAGUAUAAUGUUUUCUUUCACCCUCUCUAGGGAUGUAACAUAUCUUCCUUGACCCUUUCUUUUACAAUUGGGGUUCAUUAGUUAUUUGAAUUUUAAAGUGGAAUUUUGACAAUAUUUUUUUGUAUCUAUGUGGUGUUGGUUUAUAAGGCAAUGAGAAAGAAAUCCUUGUUCU